GUAUAUAAAGGCAACGUCUGACACCAGACUCAAUCUGGUGGAUAACCACGAACAGCACUACAGUUUUAAUCACCGUUGCUACUUUGACUCAAAACAGAAUGGGAUCCUCUAAGCUGGCCCUGCUUCUGGUCCUGGUGUCCUGCGUAGAACACUGUCUGUCUGCCUCCUGUGUCGUUGACAGCUUCUCAGUCAAGGAGGACUUUGACCCCAAGAGGUAUGCAGGGAAGUGGUACGCGCUGCAAAAGAAAGAUCCAGAGGGCCUGUUCCUGCAGGACAACAUCUCAGCCGAAUACACCAUCGAUGACGACGGCUCCAUGACUGCCUCCUCCAAGGGACGUGUAACUCUGUUUGGCUUCUGGGUCGUGUGUGCUGACAUGGCUGCCCAGUACUCAGUCCCCGACCCUGCCACCCCCGGCAAGAUGUUCAUGAACUACCAGGGAUUGGCCAGCUACCUGUCCAGUGGAGGUGACAACUACUGGGUGAUCGACACCGACUACGACAACUACGCCAUCACCUAUGCCUGCCGCACCCUGAAAGACGAUGGCAGCUGUGAAGAUGGCUACGCCCUUGUUUUCUCCAGGAACCCCCGUGGCCUGCCCCCCGCCAUUCAGCGCAUUGUGCGUCAGAAACAGGAGGAAAUCUGCAUGGCCGGAGAGUUUCAACCCGUCCUGCAGUCCGGAGCCUGCUAAAGAGGAAGCAGAGCGAGGGGAGCAGGAGAGCGUGCCAGCUAGCUGCAGUCUUGGUGGCUGGAAAGCAAGAACAGGGGGAAUGAGAGAGUGAAUGUCAGAGAUAUGUUGUGUAUGUGAGAGUGAGAAACAAAUAAAAAAAAUGAAACAGAAAGACUGAGAGGAGGAAAAAAAAAACAAAAAAGUGAAGCGAGGAUAAAAACUUGCACAUGUCCAACCAGGAUUUCAAGAUUUCCAAGAAUUGCAUCUGUUUUUUUAAAAAUCCAUUUCCUCCUUGAUCUCUCAUGUUGUUAUCGUUUGUCCAAGGAAAAAGUCACUGUUGCUCUGGUGUUUUGAGUGAAUGUGAAAAGUAAAAUAAGUAAAAAAAUAUUUUUCUAAACAGUU